CUUUCGAGCGACAACAAAUUCCAAACGGAGAUGACCAGGACGAUUUCAGCGGGAGACAACCUUCUCUUGAAACUACCAUCGGGUCAGACGAGGACAAUCAAGAACCUAACAGCCGACAGCUCGGUUAGUCUAGGUAAAUUCGGCAAAUUCCAAACCAAUGAAUUGAUCAAUCAGCCCUUCGGCCUCACCUUCGAAAUUUUGGAGGAUGGUAAACUCGUCUUGUAUGAUCAGAGUAUCCUCGCGGUCGAGCCAAAUACGACGAUCGAUGAGAUGAAGUCAUUUGAGAGCAUCAAGGGGAUGGCUAAUGGAAUCUCUAAUGUAGAAGAUAUAGAGGCCACCAAUGAAUUGAUCAAAGAAAGUGAUGGGGCUCAAAAGCUAACAAAUCAAGAGAUUGAAGAACUCAAGAAAUCCGGUCUCAGUGGUCGAGAAAUCAUCCUAAGACAGAUUCAACAACAUUCUGCAUUCGAAUUAAAGUCAGAAUUCAGUAAAGCCAAAUAUAUUAAACGGAAAGAGAAAAAAUUCAUGAAGAUGUUCACAUGUAUAGACCCUACAAUUCACAAUCUAUCACAAUAUUUGUUUGAGAAUCAUCAUUUUGCAGUCAAAGGUUUAAGGCCAGACACGCUGUCACAAAUGCUCAGUCUAUCAAAUGUUCGACCGGGAUGGAAGGGGAUCGUUAUUGAUGAGAUUGGUGGUCUAUUGGUUGCUGCAGUCCUGAUACGAAUGGGCGGUCAAGGAACGAUUUUUGUAAUAAACAAUGCAGAUUCUCCACCAGAUCUACACUUAUUAGAGCUUUUUAACCUGUCCCCGUCGACUAUGAAACCCUUGAAAUCGUUGAACUGGGCCCAAAUAGAAGCCGAUUGGACGACUAAUGAGAUCGAAGAGCUUCUCUCACUUCAUCAAGGUCCUCCUCAGCCUCCUCCUGUUCUUGAACCACCAACUCCUCUGGAUCCUUCAGUUGAUUCAUCAUCCAAUCGUCCCAAAAAAGAACCAAACAACCGAUCCAAAUCUAAAAAGAAAUUCGAACGCGUGCAAGAUCUCUUGAACGUUCGUCGAGAGUUUUUCGAGACUGGAUUUGAAGGGUUGAUCACAUGCUCGGAAUAUGAACCCGAGUCGAUCGUCACAAAGCUCCUGACUAAGCUGACAGGCUCAUCGACGAUUGUGAUAUACUCCUGUCACUUACGCCCGCUAUCGGACCUCCAAACCCUACUCAAAAAAUCAUCAGUCCCGUCGACAUCCUCCUCCUCAUCAUCAUCUUCAUCGCCGGGGGAACAGAAUGAGCUAUCCAGACAGAUGAGAGAAACCAAGACCGAAUUCAUCCAGAUCACUAUCUCCGAGCCUUGGCUGAGGGCCUAUCAGGUCCUCGUCGGCCGCACUCACCCUGAAAUGAACGGCACUCAUCAUGGUGGAUUCAUCUUUAGUGCUAUCAAAGUCACUAGUUCUUGUUCUUGAUCUUCUCGCUACUCGCAUUUUUGUUCACAAAUAUAAAUAUAUUUAACAGUCAAUUAUCUUCUUAAUGAUCUGCAUUGACAUCUGGGACUAUCAAUGAACUCGAAGUCCAUUGUGGGUUUGUCAAUUUCAUGACUCGGUGCAGUUAGUUGAACAGGGCAG